GGAUGGGGGGGGGGGGUGCACAAUGGAGUUCCCGACGGAAUGCAUCACCGAUUUGACCCCGCGCUGUACGCCCAUCUUCCUCCUUACAUGCAGCCUUUGCCAGAUGAUGACGAAUGGGUGCCGCCCCCUUCAACCCUCCCUCUCGCAUGGGGGUCGACACAUACCUCCUUCGAUUCUGGCGGCAGAGCGGAUGAGCGUGGCACUGGGACAGGUCCGAUGUCCUCCCUCUUGGUGGGAGCGCGAAGGGGGGAGCCUGAUCCUCUGCAACUGCAUUUGUCGCCGAUGUGCACAAUGGAUGCAUCGAGAACCGUUCUCGUCAAGCACAGCACCCAGUCACAAGGUGGGGUGUCCGUGACAACGCAGGACGCCCGAGAAGACGAGCCUCAUAGACAGCGGCCGCCGAGGUCAUCGUCCGCAUCCACACGCAGCCAUAGCCGACCGUCAACAUUCUCAACUCCCGUCCGCUCUUGGGUUCCUCAUACCCGUCCUCCAGGAAAGGUGACGAUGGCGACUGCGGCAGAGUCCCCCCAGGUGAUAGAGAGGAUCAUAGCACGGUACUCCAGGAUGUGUACCGACGUCGAAGCCGACGAUGGAGGUGACACCAGCGGUCAGGGUGAGGAAUCUGAGGAUGUGGCGGAGGAGUGCAUGGAUGACGACGAUGAAAGGGAGGAGGAUGACAAUGGUGGGGUGAAGGAAGUUACAUCAAAGAGCGGGAAGAAGAAGGCAAGCAAGAAUCAUGGGAGGUCGAAGGUGAGGGAGGGAGGGGGGUUUGCGGAUGGCAAUGGUGGGGGAGGGAGCACGCGGCAGAACUGGGGUUUGGACGAUUCGCUCGUCCUCGCUCGCUGCAAGAGGGACCUCGACGAUUACAUGGCGAGCCAGGGAAGCAACUUCGCGCGAAUGAAGACGAAGACCUGGAAAUGGAACGACAUAGCGAAGCGGAUGUGCCAGCAGGGGGGUACGAAUAGAGAUGGGAAUUCGUGCAUGAAAAGAUGGGAGAAUAUCUUUGGGUGGUACAAAAAAAAUUGGGACAGGGAGAAAGACUCUGGCCUGCAGUCUUUUUUCCUGCUGACACCGAAGAAACGCAAAGAGUUGGGGUACAAGUUCGCAGUGGAUCGACAGCUUUACGAUGCCAUCCACACGACGACACCCAACAAUCAGGCCAUACACCCGCCUAAUCUGCAUGACACCGACGGACUUCCUCCUCAACAACCGAAUGAGGGAUACCAGAGCCAAGCAAGAGGUCCGACUAUCGUCGGGGAAACGUCUGCUAGCGACAACAUGGAAAGGAAAGCGGGGGAUGGGUAUGGCAGCAGGUCUUCGCAGGGCAAGCCUGCAGGGAAGCGGAGGAAUGCACGACAGAUGGCCUUCGAUGAUGUCACGGACGUGAUGAAGACACAUUCGAUGGUCGUCGUGAAAUCUGUGGAUUGUGCCAGCAAGCGUCAAUGCGAAGUGCUGCAACGGCGAUGCGAUAUCAUGGAAAGGGAGGCAUGGACGCAGGAGAAACAGUGUGAGGUGCUCGAUGCGGGUCAGCGCAUGCUGUGCGACGCAUUACUGAAAACAGCAUCUGCGCUGUCUCGGGGAUUAUUGCAACAGCCCCCAUUGAUGAAGGGGUGAGGGCCCACCAAAGCCCCCUUGAAGAUCACAACCGCUGCUGCCCGCCCUUGAACCCCUCUGUUGCACGAAUCAGCUAAACCC